AUGGCGACUCGUGACGGCGGCAUGAAGUCGACGUCAAUUAACGGCGUUAAGAUGUACACGAUAGCAUCGCAGCAACCCUCCCGCGCUUCCUGGCUCCCUUCUAAGAAACAGAACUCUCAUCGCAACGUUAAAAGUUAUACGCAGAACCUGCAACUGAUCGAGGACUUACGCUUCGCCACCGCCACCACCAAAAUUAAGGCCACUCCCGACGGUGAGUACAUCAUAGCUUCCGGCAUCUAUCCGCCGCAAGUUAAGGUGUACGAGGUGAGGGAGCUAGGGUUAAAGUUCGAACGCCACCUGGAUUCCGAGAUAGUUGAUUUUGAGGUUCUGACAGAUGACUAUUCAAAACUUGCUUUUUUAUGUGCUGAUCGCUCUGUUUAUCUGCAUGCGAAAUAUGGAAAGCACUACAGUUUGCGGAUUCCAAGGAUGGGGAGAGAUAUUACCUAUGACGGCUGGUCUUGUGACUUGCUUUGUGCUGCGUCAUCCCCAGAUUUGUACAGAAUAAACUUAGAGCAGGUGUUUAUCUUACAGCUCUCUGUUUUGGUAGCAUCUUUAGUAGCACGUAGAUACCUAGUUUUUCUAUUGGUUGAGUUUUGGAAUGAAGAAAUGCUGAAAAUGGGAAGCUCAUAUUUUCUUACUUGUCAGGGUCGAUUUCUCUCCUCACUUAGCACACAGUCCCCUGCAUUGAAUGUAGUUUGUAGAAGCAAGAUUCAUGGAUUAGUUGCCUGUGGUGGUGAAGAUGGUGCUGUGGAAUGCUUUGACAUGCGGGUGAGAUCUUCAGUUGGUCGAAUUGACGCGGUUGGACCUAGUGGUGAUGGGGACCAGGAGGUCACUGCGUUGGAGUUUGAUGAAGAUGGUGGUUUCUUAAUGGCUGUUGGAAGUAGUGCAGGAAAGGUUCUCAUCUAUGAUCUCCGCUCAUCACAUCCUGUACGGAUACAGGAUCAUAUGUAUGGCAGUUCGAUAUUGGAUAUUAAGUGGCAUCGCACUCUUAACUAUGAACAACCAAUGUUGAUUACCAGUGACAGUCAUGUUGUUAGGAUAUGGGAUCCUGAAACGGGAGAAGGCUUGACCAGCAUUGAACCAACAACAGGAACAAUAAAUGAUGUGUGUACAUUUCCUGGGAGUGGUUUGAUCUUGCUGGCCUUGGACAGUAGUCAAAUACCAUCUUACUUCAUACCAUCGCUUGGACCUGCACCUAAGUGGUGUUCUUCCCUAGAGAAUUUCACUGAGGAGCUAGACAUGGAUGGACAAACAACUAUUUAUGAUCAUUACAAAUUUUUGACAAAGGAGGAGCUUGAGAGGUUAAAUUUGACCAACCUGAUUGGCACCAAUCUACUUAGAGCUUACAUGCAUGGUUUCUUUAUUAAUCAUGCAUUAUACAAAAAGGCAAAAGCGCUGGCGGAUCCUUUUGAAUAUGAAGCUUAUAUUGAACAGCAAAAGCGAGAAAAGAUGGAAGCUGAGCGUGCCUCACGAAUCACGGUCAGGAAAAAGUUGCCCAAGGUUAAUCGGGCCCUUGCAGCUCGCCUCCUAGAAAGUGAAGAAGCUGAAAAUGAGAAGAGAGAUGCUGAUGAUGAAACUAAAAGGGCAUCCAAGAAAAAGAAGGGUAUUAGCAUGCAAGAUCUUGAAGAUGAACGAUUUAAAGCAAUAUUUACGGAUAAGGAUUUUGAGAUUAAGGAUUCCUCACAAGAAUAUCUAGCUUUACAUCCCAUGGGUUCUAAGAAGCAAACAUCCUUGUUAAAAGAACAUUUCGAACCUGUCCUGUCGGAUGAUGAUCAAAGUCUAAGUGAUUCUGAUGCAUCAACAUCAUCACAUGAUGAACCUGCUAAUGGAGUGAAAGACAAAUCUCGGGUUCCUAGAAUGUAUGAAAUUAAGAAUGAGCAGCAUGCAGAGGCAUUCUGGAGCCAAAAAUCAUUUGUAGGGGAGGAGUCACUUCCUAUUGGAGACAGAGUGGCAACUCUCAAACAUGACCAACAAUCUUCUCGUGUUCCAAAUGGUGUUAAGCAGGGUGCAGGAGGAUCACGGGAAAUCACUUUCACCUCGAGAAGUAAAGCUAAGUACAAGGAAGAUGAUGAUAAAGAGAUGCCACACAGGAAAAAGAGGGGAGUACAGUCCUUGGGGCUUAAGCCCCACAGACCAGUGUUUCGUGGUCAGGGGAGAGGGAAACGAGGGAACGGCAGAAGAGGACGUCGAUAA